CACCCUCAGUCUGAAGGUGACAGAACUUGGAGCCUCCCGUCCUCCUUGGGGUCCCUGCCCCAGAGACUGCUUUUCUCAGCUUAGCACCUCACUGCCGCGGAGGUUUGGGGAUCUAGUGUGUUUUGGGAUCCAGCCCCUUCAGGAAGCUCCCCUGCGCCUGGAAUCAUGCAUCUCUCCCGCGGGGAGACCUGCCUGGAAGAUUGUGAAUUUCCUCAAAGAGGCAGCUGCCUCGAAGAUCCUGACAUUAAUUGUGUUUUCUGUGUCUGAACUCCCAAUGUCCACCUCAGCUGUGGAGCUGCUCUUGGCUGCCGCUGUCUUCUGCUUGGUUCUCUGGCUGAUCCGAGCCUCUAGCUCUCGGGUCCCCAAAGGCCUGAAGAGCCCCCCAGGGCCCUGGGGGUGGCCUCUGAUUGGGCAUGUGCUGACCCUGGGCAAGAAUCCACACCUGGCACUGGCCAAGCUGAGUGCACGCUAUGGGAAUGUGCUCCAGAUUCGUAUGGGUACCACUCCUGUGGUAGUGCUGAGCGGCCUAGACACCAUCCGCCAGGCCUUGGUGCGGCAGGGCGAUGACUUCAAGGGCCGGCCGGACUUCUACAGCUUCACCUUCGUCUCUGAUGGUGACAGCAUGACGUUCACCCCAGAUUCUGGCCCUGUGUGGGCUGCCCGCAGGCGUCUGGCACAGGAUGCCCUGAAGAGUUUCUCCUUGGCCUCAGAUCCGGCUUCUGCAUCCUCCUGCUAUUUGGAGGAACAUGUGAAGAAGGAGGCUGAGUAUCUUAUCAAUAAGUUUCAGGAGCUCAUGACAGGGCCUGGGCACUUUGACCCCUACAGAUAUGUGGUGGUCUCAGUGGCCAAUGUCAUCGCUGCCAUAUGCUUUGGGCAGCGCUAUGACCAUGACAACCAAGAGCUGCUUGAUUUAAUUGACCUGAAUGAUGAAUUUGGGGAGGUGACUGGCUCCGGAAGCCCAGCUGACUUCAUCCCUAUCCUCCGAUACUUUCCCAACUCUGCCAUGGAUGCCUUCAAGGCGCUGAAUAGGAAGUUCUCUGUCUUCAUACAAAAGGUGGUCAAGGAGCACUACAAAACAUUUGAGAAGGGUCAUAUCCGGGACAUCACAGACAGCCUGAUAGAGCACUGUCAGGACAGGAAACUGGAUGAGAAUGCCAAUAUUCUGCUUUCAGACCGCAAGAUCGUUAACAUUGUUAUGGACCUCUUUGGAGCUGGUUUUGACACAGUCACAACUGCCAUCUCCUGGAGCCUCCUAUAUCUGGUGACGAACCAAAGGAUACAGAGAAAGAUCCAGGAGGAGCUGGACGCUGUGAUUGGCAGAGAGCGGUGGCCCCGGCUCACUGACCGACCCCAGCUGCCCUACAUGGAAGCCUUCAUCCUAGAGGUCUUCCGACAUUCCUCCUUUGUGCCCUUCACCAUCCCACACAGCACCACAAGAGACACAAAUUUGAGUGGCUUUUACAUCCCCAAGGGGUGCUGUAUUUUUGUGAACCAGUGGCAGAUUAACCAUGACCAGAAACUGUGGGGGGACCCAUCUGUAUUCCGGCCAGAACGUUUUCUCUCCCUGGAUGGCACUGUGGACAAGGCACUGAGUGAGAAAGUGACUCUCUUUGGCUUGGGCAAGCGCCGAUGCAUUGGGGAGAUCAUUGGCCGCUGGGAGGUCUUUCUUUUCCUGGCCAUUCUGCUGCACCAACUAGAAUUCAGCAUAUCACCAGGAGGGAAGGUGGACAUGACCCCUAUCUAUGGUCUGACUAUGAAACAUCCCCGAUGCCAGCACUUCCAGGCACAGCUACGUCCUUCUGUCCUUCAAUGCCACGAAGCCUAGAUCUGUCUACCUGGUCUGUGUGAGGACUAGAUUGGGGCUUCAGCCUGAAACUCAUAGACUCUUGGGGAAUCAUGCCAGCCCUCUAACCCAGCUUGCCACUCUGCAUUUUAAACAGAUGAUGGGGACAGCAGAGGAACACAGGAGCCCAUGGGGCUUCUGCAGAGCAGCCUGAGCUGGGAGCCCUGCAGGCUUAUGUCUUUCAGCCUUGGGGAGCCUCUGAAGAGCUCUCUGCAAGUCUCUGGGACUAACAACUGCCAGGCUGGAGAAACACUUCUUUCCUUUUUUUUUUUUUUUCUUUUUUUCAGUACUAGGGAUUGAACUGAGGACCUUGUGUUUGUCAGGUAGGCACUUAAGCUGCUGAGCUAUAUCCCCAGCCCCUGGAGAAUCAUUUCAAGCAGGCGAUACCAGGACCUGUGGAUCAGCUUCCUGAAGCAAGGGAAGAGCCAUCCUAGGAAACUGGCACAGAUGUAGCAUCGCCAUUUGCCCUAGGUUGAGUGAUGUGCUCCCAUGGGCUGGUGACUCCAUGCCUAGGGGAAUCACAUUUCUCUUCCCUGCCUCCAGGCAGUAAUAAACAGGGAUGCAUUCUAGCCUUGUAAGGCCUUUGUGCCUGUGCAUGGUGUGGCUGAGACUUGCAUCUAAGAGGAAGGACCAGGGCUGGCAUGAAGGAAUAUUUCACUUACCUUUCACUGAUAUCCCUUAUCUAUACUCCAUGUAAUUUUUUUUUGUAUGUGAUACUAGGC